AUGACAAAUUUGAAUAGAGAUUUAAGUACUUACUUUGGCAAAGUUAAAGGACGAGCAGUGAAUUUUCCUUUAGAAUAUGCACAAGAAUUAUCAAGGAAUUCAUUUCAUGAACCAACUCCAUCUGUGAUUCCUCCGAUCGGAUCGACAAUGAAAAGCAUAGGCGUGUUGUUAACUUGCCCAAUGUCAAAUUACCUCCGAGAACAGCUCUCCAAACGAUUCACCCUUUUCAAAUUCUGGCAAAUUCACCCUAAUUCCAAGCACGAAUUUAUCAAUCAAAACUCAAAAUCUAUACUCGCAGUGGUAGGAAAUGGAAUCCACGGUGCUAACUCGGAACUAAUCGACUCGCUCCCAAAUCUAGAAAUCAUAGCGAGUCACAGCUCCGGGUUAGACAAAAUUGAUUUGCCUAAGUGCAAAGAGAAGGGUAUACGUGUCACCUACACGCCAGACGCUUUGACGGAGGAGGUGGCGGAUUUGGCUAUUUUGCAUACUUUGGCGACAUUGAGGAGGAUUUGUGCGGCGGACCGAUUUGUGAGGAGUGGGCUAUGGAAAAAUGGCGAUUUCGAGUUGACCCACAAGUUGAGUGGCAAAUCAAUUGGUAUAAUAGGUUUGGGGAGGAUUGGAUCUGCAAUUGCCAAAAGAGCUGAAGGUUUCGGCUGUUCAAUCGGCUAUCAUUCACGCUCGCAAAAAUCAAACACGGAAUACACUUACUAUCCAUCCGUACUCGACUUGGCUUCCAACUCUCAAAUCCUUAUUGUGGCAUGUGCAUUAACAGACGAAACUCGCCAUAUUGUCAACCGCGAUGUCAUCGAUGCAUUGGGUUCAGAUGGAGUUAUCGUCAACAUCGGAAGAGGAGAUCACAUCGACGAACCUGAACUCAUAUCAGCACUUGUUGAAGGCCGGCUGAGAGGUGCUGGGCUUGAUGUAUUUGAGCACGAACCUGAAGUGCCCGAGAUACUCCUCCGCCUGGAUAAUGUAGUUCUUUCCCCUCAUGUGGGAACUUGCACUGUGGAAACUCGCAAGGCCAUGGCCGACCUUGUUGUGGAUAACCUCGUGGCGCAUUUUUCGAACAAACCUCUAUUGACUCCAGCUAUAUUUUUCAACAUCGGAAGAGGAGAUCACAUUGACGAACCUGAACUCAUAUCAGCACUUGUUGAAGGCCGGCUGAGAGGUGCAGGGCUUGAUGUAUUUGAGCACGAACCUGAAGUGCCCGAGAUACUCCUCCGCCUGGAUAAUGUAGUUCUUUCCCCUCAUGUGGGAACUUGCACUAUGGAAACUCGCAAGGCCAUGGCCGACCUUGUUGUGGAUAACCUCGUGGCGCAUUUUUCGAACAAACCUCUAUUGACUCCAGUUUUUUUAUUACGUUGA